ACAGAGCCGCCGUCACGCCACAGCUAACGAAAAAAGAAAUAAAAACAUCGCUAUGGUGUCGUAAUGAACCGGGACUUCGUGUACGACCAAAACAGACCGACGGCGUGGUCUCGAGCUGGUAGUACACUUAACAAAUGGUUGUGGGGCGCGCUGUGCUGUGGGGUGCCCGGGAUACCUUGCUACUUUUGUACGUGCUGCGAAAAACUUGACGAUGGCAUGGAACGGGACCGGCCUACAGUGCAUCAAGGGACAGCGACAACCGAGCGCGCGUCCCGUCCCCACCGACCGCACGCGCCGCGCAGUCGAAAGUCGACGCCAGAAAUGUUAUCUGCCGUCCGCUGCGCCCUCUCGCAGUUGCAGGGUGAACCAGCGCCUCCCUUACCUGACUCUGACUCAAAAGGAUACACCCCGGAACCUGGUUGAGGGUGUUGUAUAGCUAAUUGGAAUAGCCUAUUGUUGCACAGCUUAUGGAAUCGAAUAUACGUUAUGUUCGUUGCGUUGUUAUUGUUUCUUAUAUCAUGUGUUGGGGGACCUCGUUAUUGUUAAAUUGUUCUGAAAUGGUUAAUUUAUGGUUACUAGGUCCGACAUCAUCUACUUGCUGGAUAGCAAAUAAGCUGUUAUUUAAUAUAUAGAUUUUUCCAAAGGACUUUUUGCCUAUAAUUCCUAUUAAUAUUCUAAACGCAAAUGUGUGUAAGAAAUUAUGGAUGUUUACUUCUCUUUCACGAGAAAACAGUUUAUCAUAUCUUUGUGAAA